UCAGUCCCCCUAUUGUCAGAACUGAAGCCCUUCCCCCGACUCCAAACCACCGCUCAUUUUGCAGCCGAGUUCUCCAAAUACACACGAUGUGCUAACCUUGAGAUAAAACACAACGCUGCAGCACUCGUGUUUAAUGUGUUUAUGUACAGUACACCGGAUUAUCAUGAAUUAUAAACGCUGAGGUGACGUCAGGGUGAACUCGACUCUUACGGACUCCUUUUCCUUGACCAGUCGGACUUUCUCUGAGCUGACCUCAUGGCUAACCCCGAUACAGAUUUGCUCCUGGUCACCAUGCACUUGCUGACCAACCCCGGCGACUCUCUCCUACUCCAGCACACCCUUGACUGCCUCCUGAAGUGGGUUCGUCCGGGUCUCAGACUCUUCCACGUGUCUGAGCGGGCCUGUCCCAUCCAUGCCUAUGACAGAACCAACCUGUGCCCUGCAUCCGGCUACCCGUCACAUGCGGUGACCAUAUUCCUGCACGAGUCCUACGGAGAAGAGCGUAUUCUUAGGGUGCUGGAAUUUCUGCAGUGUCCACCCUGGCAGUAUCAUCACACUGAAAGCUGCGGUGCUAAAGAGAGCGGAGUUUAUAUUACAUCCAGCAGCACCCUACUGAAGCCCUACUUCAUGCCCAGCCGGGACUACUACAGCCUGGGCACUGGAAUGCCGGUGUGGGGGGUGCGGUCGGUGCACUACGGAGAGGAGUUAGUGCGCGUGACUUUGCACAGUAGCUUUGAUAACUAUGAGGACAUCGUGCGUUUAUAUGAGACGGUCCUGCAGAAGAGGGCGGAGGAGCAGAAACCGGGCUUUUGCUGGUUUACUCUGCUUGCAGAACAAGGGUUUAGCCUGCAGUUGGCCAUCAAGCAGCUCUCGCCGGGGGUCCGCGUGGAGCCUUGCCAAUCCGCCGUGCUGCAGUUUAGAGUGCGAGAGAUCGGACAGCUUGUCCCCUUGCUGCCUAACACCUGCUCGCCUAUCAGUGCUACCCGAUGGCACACUGAAGACCUGGACGGGAACAAGAUCCUCUUUCAGGUGAAACCUCCAGCUCAGCCCCAGGCCUCCCACACCUCGGCUUUCCCCCUGAGUGGCGCCAGUCUUCCCUCCAGAAUUCGGCUGCGGAGCUCCGGUGCCUCCAGACCCUCCACAUCUCCCUGCAGGACACCAUCUCAUAUGAAGGAGCAGAUGACGGGACGCUCUUGUGUGGAUCUGCUGGAGCCCCGUGUGCUGAGAUCGGGGACGUGUGGAGGAGAGAGUAUGGGUUCAGACGGGGCGGGCAGCACUCCUCCGGGAAGCUCCUGUUACUCGUCCCAGCGCAGUAGCCCUGCAGGCCUGUCCGCUAGCUGGUAUGAGCCAAUGAUGGCCUCUGAAUCCUCCAUACCCUGCCUCUUGCUGGAGGAGGAGGAGGAGGAUUCGGAGACUAAUGUGGACACGGGCUGUGCCGUACACACACAGUCCGCUCUGGUGACUCUGAGUAGAGACCUGAGACACGGCCUGGAGGAGGCAGAAAACUCAACAAGUAUUUUAACAGAAACACAGAACUCACAGAGCCGCCGUCUGCAUGCUCAAGUAGAUGAGUUCUUCAUUUGACUCUUUACAUUAAGGGGCCGUUCACAUAAUGUAACGAAGGCCAGCUAGUAAGUGCUGUGCAGGUAAACAUCACUCCUCUGACCUCUAAAGAUGCUCUAGCGACUGAUGCUAGAGGCCGUGGCCUUUAGCCUCCUUGUUAGAGCAACUGACUCCCAUGCGGAAGGUUGCUGGUUCGAUACCAGCUCGGAGCGGGGUUGGGUGGCGUAGGACUGGCGGGGUUACACAUGCGAAAGUGCAUUAUUCCCAAUGGAGGCAGGUGGCUUGCAUUCUCCAAUCUCAUCUAGCUGCAUUUCAGUACUGUUUUAUAUGCCCUUCACUCGCUAACUUCCCAUGGAUGUACGUCAUUGAUUAAGGUACACAAGCGUGCACUACUGGCGAAGCAUCUGAAUGGGGUUUAAUGGAAUGCACUAUACCAGCGGUCACCAAACUUGCUCCUGGAGGGCCGGUGUCCUGCAGAUUUUACCUCCAACCCUAAUCAAACACACCUGAACAAGCUAAUUAAGGUUUUAAAACGUAUACUAGAAACACCCAGGCAGGUGUGUUGAGGCAAGUUGGUGCUAAAACCUGCAGGGACACCGGCCCUCCAGGACCGAGAUUGGUGAUCCCUGCACUAGACCCCUGAGCACUUGGGAACUACACUGUUGUGACCGUGUCACAUUGCAUUCUGGGACAUAUAUGUUGGAGUGGACAUAUGAAGCCGACUCUCUCCCUGGGUCAAAAUUGUCUAGCGUAUGUAAACGUAAACUUCCCUUGUUCACUUCAUGAGGGGAAUCACACAUUAAUGACUCGUUUCCACUGACUGGUACAGUACAGUACGGUUUGGGUCGGGUCUCCUUUAUCAGGCUUGCAUUUCCACUACCAAGGGUACCCUUUGGUGGGCGUGGUGU